AUGCAUACAGAUAAAGGAAAGCAAAAAGAACAAAUACCAGUAAUAGAUGAAUCAUGUGACCACUACGAAGACGACGUCGACAAAAUAUUUGAUGAACUUGAAUACAAAAGCAAAGAGUUGAAAGAGCUCAAAAGUUUCUUGUCCGAUUGUAUCUCAUCUGAUGAAGAAAAUAUGUUAGAAAUAAAAAAGGAUACAAAAUUAAUAGAGAUCGAAAGUCCAGCAGUAUGUUUGGUGGUAAUGGAAGAAAUCCCGACUGGACAAAAGGCCCCUGUUGAUGAAAAACCAACAAUAGAAGAACAAUUAAAUAUGAUCAUUGACAAUACAAAUAUUGAAGAAAAAUACAAAGAAACACAACUAAAAAGAUACCUGAAACCCAAUGUAAUAAGCAGUUUAAGAGACGAUGAAACGAAGAAGGUGUUUGGAAGAAAGAAGAAGGCAUAG